AUGUCGAGACCAGGACUCUUGCUUAUCUACGCAAACAUGGCUGCCGAAUUCUCUCUGGCCGAGACGCCAAUCGGCAAAUACUUCGCAUCCAUGGCGGAGAUGGGCGUAUUGCGCGUCUUCGUUGAGCACGGCAUCUUCGACGCCAUUCCAGAAGAGGGAAUCUCUCUCAAAGACCUUACGGAAAAACUGAGCAUAGAGUACAAACUUCUGGAGCGCUUCACGGCCUUCUUUCUCGCUAUUGGCAUGCUGACUAGCCCGGAACCUGGCCGUGUGGCGCAUACACCGGCGUCAAAAGCAUUCACUGACCCCCGCGUCGCGCAAUUCUAUUCGUACCUUUUCGACUUCUUUAUGGGGCCAACGACGCGGUGGACAGACUACUUCGAGGCGAACGGGCUCGCUGAGCCGGCUAGAUCGAAUCGUUCGCCGGGAGGAUAUGCGCUGGGCAUGCCUGAUAAGACAGCGUAUGAAAUCAUGGCGGCGAUCCCGGGGUUGGCCACAAGGAUGAAUGGGGCGAUGGCCAUUGACGGUGAUAUUCCUGUUACGGGGGUGUAUGAUUUUGGCUGGGUAGCUGCAUUUGCCGCAGGAAAUGUCGGUUCGGAGAGGGAGCUGAUCGUUGAUGUUGCCGGAGGGAAAGGUCAGGCGUUGAAGGCUAUCUUGGAGGAGACGCCUGCCAUUCCUGCCGCCAGGUGUGUCCUGCAGGAUCAGCCGCAUGUCAUCGCUGAGGCGGAGGAAGAGCACAAAGAUUCUGCUGUUUUGGGUCCGGUGAAGAAGAUUGGGCACAGCAUCUUUGGAGAACAGCCCACCAAAGGUGCUCUCGUGUAUUACAUACGUCGCGUCCUGAACGACUGGUCCGAUCACGAAGCUCUUCAGAUUCUAAAGAACGUGCGCGCGGCUUGCGCGGACGACUCGCGCGUGUUGAUUGCUGAGUAUCUGCGCCCUGAACAGCCUAGUGUAUACACUAGCACGGUCGACAUGUUCAUCCUAAACAUCGGCGGAAAGGUGCGCAGUGAAAAGGCGUUUGCCGAGCUUGCUGCGAAGGCGGGGCUGAUGAUCGCGUCGGUGGUGAGGCAUGGAAAGACGGAGUCGGCGGUGGUUGAGAUGAUACCCCAGCCACCGCCGAUCUAG